AUGAGUAGGCCUCAUGUUAACCUUGAAGUUUCUUUGAGCCUGCUUGCCAAAAGUUUCUCUUAUUCAACAUUACUUGCUGCUUCGCCCUUGGCUAACUUUAAUAAGCACUAUUUAGCGGGUUUCGCAGAACUGGGUCGUUGGUUUCUCCCAGAUACUGUUUAUAGUGGGCUUCUCGAUCAAAUAAAUCAUGUGGUACCUCCUAACCAGUCCUUCAACCGGCCUGGCCGCCUCACCAAGUCAGUUAGUCCGACUGGUCCAUAUCCCUACGUCGGGAUGUUCUGGUUCCGACUUUGGCACUUUGGUGAGUGGAUCGACAUUGUCGUUGACGAUCAUCUGCCCGUCAGAAAUGGUCGUCUCGUCUUUCUACACUCUACGGACAAGACAGAGUUCUGGUCAGCUCUGCUAGAAAAAGCCUAUGCCAAGUAA